AUGUCUCAGGAUAGAGCUGAGAAAAGCCAGAGUGAUCAGACCCAACAGCCUCUGUCCCAGCCUGCCCACUGUCUCACCUACACAGAUGUCAUCAGCGAAUUGGGUACAAACUCCGAUGAUGGAUUGACUUCAGGAGAAGUCAAGCUUCGCUUGGAGAAGUAUGGCGAGAACAUGUUGGAAGGAGACGAAGGCGUCUCCCUCGCCAAGAUUGUCAUUCGACAGAUUGCCAAUGCCAUGAUGCUGGUCCUUAUUAUCGCCAUGGCUGUCAGUUUCGGCAUCCAGUCCUGGAUCGAAGGCGGUUUCAUUGCUGCCGUCAUUGCCCUCAACCUCGUGGUCGGCGUUUACCAGGACUACGCAGCAGAGAAGACCAUGGACUCACUACGGUCCCUUAGUUCACCAACGGGCGUUGUCUCUCGUGAUGGAAAGACAUCCGCCGUGCCAGCCAACGAGAUUGUCCCUGGUGAUAUGGUUGAAUUGAAAGCGGGAGACACAGUUCCCACUGAUGUCAGAUUGGUGGAAGCAUUCAACUUCGAAACUGACGAAGCCCUCCUUACUGGCGAAUCCCUCCCAGUUCAAAAAGAUGCUGAUGCUACAUUCAAAAACGACACCGGUCCAGGUGACAGACUCAACAUCGCCUACAGCUCAUCUACUGUGACUCGCGGCCGUGCCCGUGGUGUUGUCGUUGGAACCGGUAUGAGAACCGAAAUCGGAGCAAUUGCCAUGGCCCUGCGCGGAACAGACUCGAAGCGCCGCCCUGUUAAGCGUGGGCUUGAGGGAGAAACCAAGAAGAGAUGGUAUAUCCUGGCUUGGACUUUGACUACUACCGAUGCCAUGGGUCGGUUUUUGGGUACUAAUGUUGGUACGCCGCUGCAACGGAAGUUGUCUAAACUUGCUUUAUUGCUGUUUGCCAUUGCUGUGAUCUUUGCGAUCGUCGUUGCUGGUUCUAACGAUUGGCGCGGAGAUAGCGAGGUCAUCAUUUAUGCCGUCGCUACUGGUCUGGCUAUGAUUCCGGCUUGCUUGGUUGUUGUAUUGACAAUCACCAUGGCUGUCGGAACGAAGCAAAUGGUUAAACGACACGUCAUUGUCCGGAAAUUGGACUCUUUGGAAGCACUCGGUGCGGUCACUAAUAUCUGCUCCGACAAGACUGGCACUCUCACACAAGGACGCAUGGUGGCCAAGAAGGCUUGGAUACCUUCUGUGGGAACAUACUCAGCUGGCGCCUCGAAUGAUCCUCUUAACCCCAAAGAAGGUGAUCUGAGUUUAGUACCUGAGCAGCCCAUUCGACUUAACGAUAAGUCUACUGGCCAGCCUUCAAGCCCGGAUGACCUGCUGAAGGACAAUGACGCCCUCAAGGAAUAUCUCGAUGUUGCUUCCAUGGCUAACUUGGCCCAUAUUCAUCAAACCGCCAACGAAGGAUGGCAAGCGCGUGGUGAACCUACAGAUAUCGCUAUUCAAGUCUUUGCCUCGCGAUUUGACUGGGGUCUGGACCGCUGGACCAAGGGCGACAAGCCUGUCUGGCAGCAGAAGGCUGAGUAUCCAUUCGACUCGAGCGUGAAGAAGAUGUCUGUCAUCUUCUCCAAGCGCAAUGAUAGCUCCGAGAAGACUCGCGAGAUGAUAUUCACCAAGGGAGCCGUUGAGCGGGUUCUUGAGGCAUGUACCACGAUCAAGUGGAAGGCUGGCGCUAACUCCGUAUCUAUUGACGACGAAACCAAGGGUGAGAUUCUGGAGAACAUGGAGGCCCUGGCUAAAGAAGGUCUUCGAGUUCUCGCCAUGGCUGGCCGGGAGCACACUGGUACAAACGAAGGUGCUGGGUCUCUUCCCAGAGAAGAGAUUGAGAAGGACUUGUCAUUCUAUGGUCUCAUCGGUCUCUACGACCCCCCUCGCCCCGAGACAGCCGGUGCCAUCAGCCAAUGUUACAAGGCUGGAAUCUCCGUCCACAUGGUCACCGGUGACCACCCCGGAACAGCUCGUGCUAUUGCAGCGCAGGUUGGAAUCAUCCCUGCGAACAUGGAUUCAAUCGCCAAGGACGUCGCCGAUGCGAUGGUGAUGACUGCUUCCGAGUUUGACAAGUUGACCGAAGAUGAAAUUGACAACUUGCCGACUCUUCCAUUGGUUAUUGCUCGCUGUGCGCCUAACACCAAGGUUCGCAUGAUUGACGCUUUGCACCGUCGUGGCAAGUAUGUUGCUAUGACUGGUGAUGGUGUCAAUGACUCUCCAUCGCUCAAGCGAGCUGAUGUCGGUAUUGCAAUGGGUCAGAACGGGUCUGAUGUUGCCAAGGAUGCAUCUGAAUUGGUGCUGUCCGACGACAACUUUGCCUCUAUUAUCAACGGUAUCGAAGAAGGACGUCGUAUUUUCGACAACAUCCAGAAGUUCGUUCUGCAUCUUCUUGCUGAAAACGUUGCCCUGGCCCUCACCUUGCUUAUUGGUUUGGCAUUCAAGGAUAACAGCAACCAGUCUGUCUUCCCCAUCGCGCCUGUUGAGAUUAUCUGGAUUAUCAUGAUUACCUCCGGCCUUCCUGAUAUGGGCUUGGGAAUGGAAUCUGCCGCCCCAGAGGUGAUGGACCGACCCCCACAAAGUUUAUGUUCUCUUAUCCCUACAAUUAGAGUCAAUCUAACAGUAUUACAGAAACAAGGAAUCUUCACCUGGGAAAUCAUCAUCGACACCUUGGUUUACGGAGCUUGGAUGGCCGCCCUUUGUCUCUCGGCAUUUGCCCUUGUCAUGUUCCGCUGGGGCGACGGAAACCUCGCCACGGGCUGCAACACGAAAUACAACGAUCCGACCAAACCCCAUACCUGCGACACAGUCUUCCGUGCCCGCGCCACAACUUUCACUUGCAUGACCUGGUUCGCGCUUUUCCUCGCCUGGGAGAUGAUGAACCUCCGCCGCAGCUUCUUCCAGAUGCAGCCCGACUCCAAGCGUCGCUUUACCCAGUGGAUGCAUGAUAUCUGGCACAACAAGGUCCUUUUCUUCGGCAUCAUGACUGGAUUUGUUCUUGCAUUCCCUAUCCUUUAUAUCCCCGUUAUCAACCACAAGGUCUUUAAGCAUAGCAGUAUCUCCUGGGAAUGGGGUAUUGUGUUUGUUGAGACUGUCCUUUUCUUUCUUGGCAUUGAGAGUUGGAAGUGGUGCAAGCGGGUUUACUUCCGUCGUCAGGCUCGCAAGGCUGAGGCUGCGGGUGAGACGCCUGGUGAUGAGCAACGGGGUCUUAGUGACUUCAGUCGAUACACUACCAUGGACCGCUCGGAUGCCCAGGCUAGUGGUAUGAAGGUUGAGCAAUCUACGGUUUAG